UGCUUCCUCUCUCCUCCAUGGUAGGAAAAGACAGAAUAAUAUUUGCAACCAAGGAGGACCAUGAGACACCGAGCAGUGCUGAGCUGGUUGCAGAUGACCCAGAUGACCCUUACGAAGAGCAAGGAUUGAUAUUGCCCAAUGGAGAUAUCAACUGGAAUUGCCCAUGUCUGGGUGGAAUGGCUAGUGGUCCCUGUGGGGAGCAGUUCAAGUCUGCCUUUUCUUGUUUCCACUACAGCACAGAAGAAAUAAAGGGAUCAGACUGUGUGGACCAGUUCCGUGCCAUGCAGGAAUGCAUGCAAAAAUACCCAGAUCUUUACCCUCAAGAGGAUGAAAGUGAUGAGAAGUCCAGCAAAGAUUUGGAAGCUGCCUCUAUGGAGGCCUCUGCUGCCAAAGAGGAGAAGGGAUCCAGCUAAUGAAGAUGGAAGGAGGCUGUUGUCUCCAUUUCUCAUUUUCAGAGGCACGGACUUUGCACUGUAUCUGUCUUCUGAGUAUUGAGGAAAUGUUUCACUGUGUUCUGUGCACUGUAUCAUAAUAAAUAAUUUAUUCCUGAAGGAGAAAUCUCAGAGCUACAGCCUUGCAAAUAAAUACUGCGAAAAGAGUGAGUGCGUGUGUAUACUGUGUAAACGGCUUUUGGAGACACAGUUAAAACUUUAACAGCUGUUCUUUAUUCUCAAGUUUUCCUUGAGUUUUGACUUGAAUAAUGUCUUGAAGUACAUAGCUUUCAACUAAAAUUCCACUGGCACACCAGGUCUGUCUUCAUUUCAGUAUAUUCUGAUCAGUAGCUGCUUUUUUUUUUCAUGUAUUCUGUUCUAUCAAUAAAAAUUGCAUUAAAUGAUUCUUUUUCCUUAAGGAUUUUUUUUUUUUUUUUUGCCAAAGUGAUGCAAGACAUUGAAAAUGGCCUAGAUCAAGAAUUUCUAAAAUAAUUUCAAAUGGUCUUAUUAGAUUAUGGUUGCAUUUUGUUACUGGCAUCAGAUCACGAUUGCCAGUAAAAUGUUGAAAUGCACAUCUUCUUUGAUUUCAUUCAUUUACUGUGAUGGCUUUUGCAUUUUUAAAAAUGGUGUGUUGUGCAACUGAUGAUUAAAAGGAAUUAAGAGAA